AUGAGUUGGACUUCGUCACACCAAGUCAGCAAAUUACGAUUUCUUUCUUUUCCAAAAAUAGAAAAUUGA